AUGUCACUCGUGCAGCUGGACAAAAAGUAUCGCACCAGCAAAGGUCUUGUUCAUCAUUAUACGCGUUUUUAUGAACGCUAUUUUAGAGCGUACCGUGGUACUAAUGUUAAAUUGCUCGAAAUCGGUCUCGGUUGUGGUAUGUCAUGGGGGGUAGGUGUGUCAGCGGCCAUGUGGAGAGAAUAUUUCGGUCCAAAGGCUACUAUUCAUUUUCUUGAAUAUGACAAAACGUGCGGCGAAAAGUGGAUGCUUGAACGCGGACAAAAGUUGAACGUGACCAUGCAUUAUGGCUCGCAAGAUGAUGUACCGUUCUUAAAAGCAUUCGCUGGUAAACAUACUAAGAUGUUUGAUGUAAUUAUUGAUGAUGGUGGCCAUCGAAUGACACACCAAAUUAACAGUCUCACUGUGCUCUUUCCUACCAUUGUUCGAUCAGGUGGAGUUUAUGCUAUUGAAGAUAUUUAUACAAGUUACAGAUCUAACUAUGGUGGACAAUAUUUAAAUUCGUCAACAUUGAUCGAAUUUCUGAAACGUCUUCUCGACGAUAUGCAAUCCAGCUCACCUACGCACAAGAAAAGCAUGCUCGGAUCUCUCAUCGAUACGUUUGAAAUUAGUGACAAAAUAUGCUUUUUGAGAAAAAAAUGA